CAAGGGGCAUUCAGUUUCCAUGAACGAAACUUUGCGCCGCAUAGCAAGUGGGAAAUUGUUUACAACCGCUGUAGAUCCUCUCGCACCUGUCUCGGCGCCUAUAAUAAGUCAACCAGCGCAAAGUUUCUUCAGUCUAUUUAAACUAAAGAUAGUGCGCGCUCGAUCUUGAAUCAUACGUCAAAGAGAAGCCUUCAGUUCGGACUAACAUCCAUCCGCAGAGUUUACACCAUCAAGCACACCAACCUUAUCGAUCAAGAAUGCCUCGCUCAUUUUUAAUCAAAAAGAAAGAAUUCAAGAAGAGCAAUAUAACUUACUUUGAUAACACGCACGACACCCCACCGACUGUAACAUCCUCACAAGCGGAACUGUAUCGUCUCGGGGUUCCCUAUGUCCAACCGCUGGUUUUGUCAAACAAUGAACCGCAUAUCAUCAAUACGAGCAGGGAAAUGAAUGGUCAGAAUGGUUUCCCCAAAGACACGGAAAAGAUGGUGAGCGCGUGGGGCCGGGAAAAAGUUCCCGAAGACGAUCGCUUGGAAGACUUCACGUCAAUUAAAGAGGAGAAGGACACCGACACGACAGGAGCCGAGAAACCCUACACAUGUCAGCACUGCAGCAAAGUGUUCACUCGCUCAUGGAAUUUCCAACGCCAUGUGCUGAUCCACACUGGCCAGAAGCCUUACAAAUGUCAGAAGUGCCCUAAGGCCUUUGCGCUUGCAGCGCACCUGAAGAUUCACAACCGCAUUCACACUGGCGAAAAGCCGUACACGUGUAAUAUCUGCUGCCGCGGCUUCGCCCAGCUAACCAAUUUACAAAGACACAUCCUCACGCACACGGGUGAAAAACCCCACAAGUGCCAGUACUGUCCCAAAGCAUUCGUGAGCUCCAGCGAUCUGCGAAGGCAUGUUCGAAUCCACACGGGCGAGCGACCUUACAAGUGCAAGCAAUGUUCCAAAGCCUUCACAACAUCCGGGAACCUCCAGUCACACAUUCUCACGCACACGGGGGAGAAACCGUACAAGUGUAACAUUUGCAACUGGAAAUUCAUCAGUUCGAGUAAUCUCCGUACACAUAUACGUAUUCACCAUGCUUAUUAUCUAGAGAAGACCAACGCCAGUCACCACCGCCCAGAGCAACAGAACACCCGGCCGACUCCUGACACGGUGACCGACCAAAUGAGAGAAAACAUGCCUUUCAAGAAUCUCAUCGAUUCUCAAAGAGAACAAGUCUUUUACUGAUCCUAAAAGGACUAUUGUUGGUGGACUCACCGUAGCAGGAUGGAGAAUUCAGUAGAACAUGCAUCAGUUCUCUCAUCAGUACCAAAUAAAAACUCUCAAAAUACUUCACGCGAUUUACAAGAGUGCGGAUUGUCUCUUGAAUAAUACUGUGCUAACAAUUAGCCGUUUCAUAGCAAAAAGAACGGUAUAAAAUUUAUAAAAGAUAAUACUUCUAAAAGGAGAACUAAUAUAAAAAAUAACAGUGUAUUUAGGUAAAACGAUAUGUUAAAAAAGUAACUUUUGAUAUUCAAAAAAAACGUACUAGAGAUUAUUAAGAAGAGUGAAAGAAAGGAAGAUCCAAGCGCCGUUUUAUUUUGCGAAAAUAGAGUAUAUUGUUAUUUUAAGAGCAUUUAUGAAAAGAAAUGAUUAGAAUCCGGAGAUUUCUACCGAAUAAUAGUCUGCAAAUGUCACAUGUAAUGAAUGUUUAAGUAACAGGUGGCCGCAUAUUUUAGCUAAAAACCACCGAAACCAUUGUUUUAGAACAUUCUGUAUAGAUAUGAA